AUGAGCACUAAAAAACUUCACCACUUCGAAUCUUCAGCAGCAGCAAAGGAGAAUGUGGCUUCCCCUUGCCACACGGCAGAGGAGUUGAGAGAAGAAAACGGAAAUUACGGGGAUGAGAAGUACCGCGAACUUGAGGCCCGCGCCGCCGCCGCCGUCGAUGAGAAAUCAGUGGAGCAAAGGAGGAACGGAAGGGCGGUGAGCAACCUGUUCAAGCUAAUCGGAGACAGCAGCCAAUUGCUCAACGGCAACGGAGAACGGUUGGCCCGGCGAGAAGCGAGCUAUCUAUGGCGCGAAGAGGAGACCGAAGGGAAGAAGAUGAAUAUUGGUCAGAAAGCAGGCCUGGUUCAAAUUUGCGUCAUAUUCUGA